CCCUCCGGGCGCGUUCCUGCUGGCAUUUACAUAUCCAUCAAUGUUGACUCGAGGAGACGCUGGAAAUCAGCCACUAGAGUCCUGUCAUCUGAUAGAUCAGUAGUGUGGGGUGAUACCGUGACCCUGUACAGUCCAUGGCGAUUUUCGGAUGCGAGUCGAUGGCUGAUCUUUUGCUUGUAGAUCAUUAGACGCGUCACCCGAAUUAUCAGUGGAGAUCAGGGCGUCCUUCGAGUUCGAUCGGAUGCUUGGCAAUGGAGAAGUCAUCGGAAAACUUGAAAUAUCAUGGGAUGCGCUGCUCGAUAAUGGAAAUGAACCUUUCGUCAUCUCCUUCCCGCCCGUUUAUAGUGUCCACCCUUCCCUUACACUGAAGGCCGGUGUUCUACAUCUUUGCGACAAUCAGGACGACGCACUGCUUGAUUCCAUCGUUGAAUGUGAGAUUGCUCGGGAGACAGAUGCGGGCCAUGAGCUAUUUACCACAUACGUGACAACCAAGACGGUCUCUCACCUGAACGAAGCCGUACAGCGUUUUCAAUUUGUCCUGGACCAAUGUCCGGUCGGCCAUCCUGACCGCGCAGGGGCUCUUACCAACCUCGCGUGGGCCCGCCUUGAAGGCUACGUUCAAAACGAUCUUCAAGACAUCGACUAUAUCACCUCUCUCUUCUGCGAAGCCCUUGCAUUGCGUUCCCAGGGCCACCCCGAUCAUCCAUCAUCCAUCUAUCACCUCAUUAAAACAUUGAUCUGGCGCUUCAGCAAGGAAAACUUCAUCGCUGUUUAUAUCCAGGAAUCCGCGCAACUGUGCUGCAAGCUAUUGCCCCUCUGUUCAGAGGGCACCUACCUUCGCAGCAUCGCGGCAGGGGAAGAUGGUGUUGAUUAUGUGAUCCGCGCAUGCAAUAAACUUCCAAUAGACACAUCUGAUGAGGGCAUCCACAUUCGGCGAGUUGUGCUCGAGCUCUGUCCUUUGGGCAACGAACACCGUCCAAAUGCACUCGACCAGCUUGCAUGGGCUCUCGGAUCACGUUUUGAACAAUGCGGCAGCAUUGAUGAUCUAGACGAGUGCAUCCAACGCGGUCGUGAAGCCGUGUCUUUGUGCUCUGAGGGACAUUCUGAACGUGAUGUCUACCUGAAUAACUUGGCCUGCUCACUCGACGACCGCUUGAUACACCAAGGAAAAUAUCAUGACCUCGACGAGGCUAUUUCUUUGCACGAAGAAGCGCUGCGCCUGCGCCCUGUUGGGCACAAAUAUCGUGAUUUCUCAUUGGACAACCUAGGAGCCACCCUCUGCACCCGUUUCGACCAACAUGGUGAUGUUAACGAUAUCAACAGAGCUAUCAGCCUCCAGCGCGAGGCACUGACGUCGCGCCCGCCUGGGAAUCCAGAUCGUGAUUCCUCACUCAACAACCUUGCCAACGCGAUUAAAUCUAGAUAUCACAAAUUGGAUGUCAGCGAAGAUCUCAACGAGGCUAUUGACCUGUUGCAGGAUUCACUUCAGUUAAGGCCGCACGGUCAUCCGUACCGCUAUAUAACUCUUUUCAGUUUGAGCUCGGCGCUCUGCUCUCGUUUCACGCAAGCUCAGAAGGAUGAAGAUGUCGAGGAGGCCAUUCGACUGUGCCAAAAAUCGUUGGAGGCUUUGCCUUCACUGCACCCGAAUAGAUCCAUCAGCUAUGUAAAGUUGCUGGAAGCCUAUCUGUCUCGUUACAGAGUGCAAGGCAAGUCCACUGAUUUGUCGCUCGCUGUGGAGAACUUCAGGCUGGCAGCACGACAUCCCACGCAAGGCUUUCCACGCCGCAUCAGAGUCACUCUAGACUGGGCUCACCAAGCAGAACUCUAUCAACACGAAUCUGCCCUAGAAGCAUACCAGACGUGCCUGGAUCUUUUCGAAAGCCAUGUGGUGAUGCGAUCCACGGUUAUCUCACGACGCGAGGCUGCAACUGCUUUUGACGGCGCCCAAUCACUGCCAGUAGAUGCAGCCUCAUGUGCUAUACGUCAUGACCAUUCACGACAAGCGGUCGAACUCCUGGAGCUGGGUCGUGGCCAGCAAUGGUCACUGGCCUCUCGACUCAGGACUCCGCUGCAAGACCUCGAGGCGCAAAAUAUGAAUCUAGCCCACAGAUUUUUGGAGUUGAGCAAGUGUUUGUCCGAGGCUCAAGGUUCUGCAGUCAGCAUAGACAGGGCUACUGCUGACCGGGCAGAAAUACGGUACAGGAAACUUACGGAACAGUGGGGAGCCGUGGUGGCUGAAAUCCGGAGUCUUAAAGGUUUCUCAAGGUUCCUUCUCCCGCCGUCGCAUACAGAAUUGCAAGCGGCAGCGCGUCAUGGCCCAGUCGUCAUCCUCAUCGCGAGUCAAUACUCCUGCGCCGCCAUCAUCGUUCCGACAUCAGGAAGCCCCCAUCAUGUUCCCUUGCCGUCUAUCACUCUUACAGAUCUGAACAACCUCAAGGAUCGCUUUGCCAGGGCAAUACGACACGCAUCUAUUAUGGGCCCAAAGGUGCCACGAAAUGAUCUAAUAGUGCUCUUGCGGACAGUAUGGGACAACAUCAUGCUACCCAUUGUCAACGUCCUCCAGAAUGACCUGAAAUUAAAGCACCAAUCUCGAAUCUGGCUGUGUCCAACUGCAGCUUUCACGUCUAUUCCUCUCCACGCCGCUCACCCCUUUCAAACAAAGGCAGAUCGCUCGAAGGAGCCAUGCCUGGAAGAUCUCUACAUCUGUUCUUACACCCCGACACUUUCGGCCCUGGUGAGAUCUAGGCAGAUGAUGAAGCAGCGCGUCCCUCCAUCUUUUGUAGCGAUCGGACAGGGUCAGCCGCGUGCAGGGAAGAGCAAGGAGCUCUUGGCUGUCGACAGCGAGAUCGAGCUCGUCCGAAAGCUCGUCCCUGCAACUGCCAACCGCACCACUGUUUCUGGUGAUGCGGCCACACGAGCGGGUGCACUGCAAGCAUUGCAAGAAAACAACUGGGUGCACCUUGCGUGUCAUGGAAAGCAGGAUCGCGAGCAGCCUUACAAUUCUCACUUCGUCAUGAAAGAUGAACCUAUCACGCUACUUGAUAUCAUGGAGAAAGACAUUCCUCACGCCGAGUUCGCGUUCUUAUCGGCAUGUCAUACCGCCGUCGGCGAUGAGGAGACGCCCGACGAAGUCAUUCACCUCGCAGCUGGACUGCAAUUUUCAGGGUUCAAGAGCGUCAUUGGCACGCUGUGGGAGGUCGACGACGCUGUCGCAAAACAUGUUGUGAAAGCUUUUUACGAGAAUAUGUUCAAGGAUUUGGAGGACGGCGGUGUGAUGGACUGUACGAAGGCGGCCUGGGCACUCAAUCGUGCUACACACGCUGUGAAGACGAAGGUUCCGCUGGAGCAGAGAAUGGUUUUCAUUCAUGUCGGUGUGUAGUUCCUGCCGUAUUGCUUUCAUCUGGUAUAGGUUUUUAAGUGGUUGAUUUUCGAUGCCCUUUCAUCUCGGUCAGUGUAGCACCUGUCAAUUGUAGGAUUAUCUUCCAUUUUACCAUACGGUUGUUUCGCAUUCCCUCACAUGAUAUCGUCUACUCUACAAACCUUUGCAAUUCAUUCGAUGUUCUAAUUAUCAGUAGCAAGAUGUUCUUUGUGCAUUC